AGAGAGAGAGAGAGAGAGAGAGAGAGAGAGAGAGAGAGAGAGAGAAUGUGUUGCAAUUGGUGGGAGAACGUAGAGUGAAUUAUACUUCAUCUGAGCACCCUAUUGAAAAGAAAAAUGAUAAGAUUCGUUCUCUGGAUAUUACUCUUUCUCAAAAGUGAUCUGAUUGAUGCUGUAAAUGAAUCGGGAAAAGAGGGAAUGAAAGUAACUUUAACGACUGGACUUAAUGACCUACCUAGUGGCACUAUUAUGGCAUGGUCUUUCCCAUUGAGUCAUUCAGAUUCAUUUGAUAACAUAGCUAUGCUGAAUGCAGGUGUGAUUACAACGGACUACAGUAGGAAGUUCAAAGACAGACUGAAGCUGGAUACUCAAACUGGAUCUCUCGCCAUCAGAAACCUCAGCAUCAGCGACUCUGGACUUUAUAAAAUACUUAUCAUCAAUACACAGAGUUCAUCUAAGAUUACAAAUCUAACUGUCUAUGCCUCAGUGUCUGCUCCUCACAUCAGUCACUCAGUGGACAGUCCAUUUGAAAAAGUGAGCUGUUCCUUGGUGUGCACUGUGAAGAACGGGAGAGAGGUGAUCUUGUCCUGGUACAGAGGAGAGGAGAUACUCAACCAGACCAGCAGCCCUGAUCUUCUAGCCAAUCUCUCUCUACCUCUGGAGUUAAACAAAAGAAACAUUGACACCUACGGAUGUGAGGCUUCCAACCCUGCUGACUCAAAACCAACUCCACUCAACUUUCAAACGCUCUGCCCUCAAUUGUCCUCACGCUCUGCCCUCAAAGACUCUGGUCCCAAUCCUGUCCCAAUCGCACUGGUCACGUUGUUAGCAGUUGGGAUAAUAAGUGGUGGUAUAUUCUGGGCAGUUAAAAUAAGAACAUGUGGAGCCUGCAAGCAAAGAGAAGAAGCCCAACAUUAUGCUGAUGUGAACUUUCAGAGAUCGGUUGGGGAUACACUAGUAUCUGGCACCGGAGGAGUCUGUUCACCAGAAGAGUCUGUUUUGUACGCUGAUGUCAGAAUCUUAACUUCUGUUCAGACAGGACUGGAUUCAAUCACUCCUCUCUCAAAGCUGUGACCUUGGCGUGGUUUAGAGGCUUGUGUGUCUCAAUGACCCUGAGAGCUACGUCGGAGGGGGCUUGGGCCCCUGAUAGGUUUAGCCAUUCCGGAUUGGUCUCCGGUGAGGGGUCAGACCAACGACAGCAUUGGUCCUACAUGUUUCACGUUGGUAUGGUGCUAUAGGUAGACAACUAUACCACUCUGACAAUGUUACAUGCUGUGUGUACAGUUGAAGUCGGAAGUUUACAUACACUUACGUUGGAGUCAUUAAAACUCGUUUUUUCAAGCACUCCACAAAUGUAUUGUUAACAAACUAUAGUUUUGGCAA